CCGUGAGAGCCAGCCACACACAUAUACACACACUCAUACAUACACACACAUAUACACACACACAUACACAUAUAUCCCCCCUUUCUCCCCCCCUUUCGCCUGUCACCUGUCUGUCUACCUGUCUGCGUGCCACCUGCACGGAUGAGUUUCUCCGUAGACUCUAUAGGAAGCCCGUUCCGGAGGACGAUGGAUACGCGGACGAGCUACAGCCGCAGCAGCGGCGUCGGGACGCCCAGCAGCGGCUUCCGCUCUCAGACCGCCUCCUGGUCCCGGGCCAGCCCCGUGUCUUCCUCCGCCUCCGUCUACAAGCGCGGCGUGAACGUGCCGGUGCCGGCGGCGGCGCGCGCCUACAGCUCCGUGGUGCUGAGCAGCGUGUCCGACAGCGCGGACCUGAGCGCGGUGGACCCCGACUACAACAAGCGCGCCAACGAGAAGGAGCAGCUGCAGGGUCUGAACGACCGCUUCGCCGUGUACAUCGACAAGGUGCACUACCUGGAGCAGCAGAACCGGCAGAUCGAGGACGAGAUCCACGCGCUGCGCCAGAAGCAGGUGUCGCAGUCGCAGCUGGGCGAGCUGUACGAGCGCGAGCUGGGCGAGCUGCGCGCCGCGCUUGAGACCGCGCACCGCGAGCGGGCUCAGGUGCAGCUGGACACGGAGCGCGCCGAGGAGGACGCGCAGCGGCUGCGUGAGCGCCUGGACGACGAGGCGCGCGCGCGCGACGAGGCCGAGGCGGCGGCGCGUUCUCUGAGGCGCGACGCGGGCGACGCGGCGCUCGCGCGCCAGGAGCUGGAGAAGAAGGUGCGCUCGCUGCAGGAUGAGGUGGCGUUCGUGCGCGGCAACCACGAGGAGGAGGUGGGCGAGCUGCUCGUGCAGGUGCAGGAGGCCACGCACGCCGCCGCCGACAAGCGCGAGCACAGCCGCGCCGACCUGACCGAGGCGCUGCGCGAUAUCCGCGCGCAGCUCGAGGGCCACUCAGCGCACAACCUGCAGCAGGUGGAGGACUGGUUCGUGGGCCGCUACGCCAAGCUGACCGAGGCUGCCGAGCAGAACAAGGACGCCAUACGGAGCGCGCGCGACGAGAUCGCGGACUACCGGCGCCAGCUGCAGGCCAAGACCGUGGAGCUGGAGGCCGUGCGCGGCACCAAGGACUCGCUGGAGAGGCAGCUGACCGACGUGGAGGAGAGGCACUGCUCCGACCUGGGCGGACUACAGGAAACCAUCCACCAGCUGGAUAACGAGCUGAAGAGCACGAAAUGGGAGAUGGCUCGACACCUACGCGAAUACCAAGACCUUCUCAAUGUCAAAAUGGCGUUAGACAUUGAGAUUGCAGCAUACAGGAAACUCCUUGAAGGAGAGGAAACCCACUUCAGCACCUUCCCUUACCGCCAGUCCGUCAGCAAAGGCCCCAAGGUCAAAUCCGAACCCCCCAAGCUGAGGGUGCAGCACAAGUUCGUGGAGGAGAUCAUCGAGGAGACCAGAGUGGAGGACGAGAAAUCAGAGCUGGACGAGGCCCUGGCAGAGAUGGCGGAAGAGCUUGCUGCAGAAAAGCAAGAGGAUGAGGGAGAAGAGGAAGCAGAAGGUGAAGAAGAAGCUGAAGAAGAGGGAAAAGAAGACGAGGGAGAGGCAGAGGCAGAAGAGGGCGAAGGUGAAGGUGAAGGCGAAGGUGAAGCAGAAGCAGAAGAGGAAGAAGAAGUUGUCGCUUCAACCCAAGCCAAAAAAGUGAGCGCCAGUGCUCCCGCAGAUGAAGCCGAGGAAGCCGAAGAGGGAGAGAAGAAAGGAGGUGAUGACGAGGAAGAAGAAGCAGCAGCAGAAGAAGGUGAGGAAGAAAAAGGAGACGAUGAAGAAGGAGAGGAAGGAGAGGGAGAGAAAGAAGAAGAAGGUGAGGAAGCUGAGGAAGGUGAGGACAAAGACGGAGAGCAAGAAGAGGAAGCUGAGGAGAAGGUUUCAAGCGCUAAGGCACCCGAAUCAAAAGCCGUGCCAGAGAAAGAGAAGGAGGAGGAGAAGGCUGGAGAGGAGGCCAGCGGUGGAGAAGAGGAAGGAGGAGAGGAAGAAGAGGAGGCUGAGGAGAAAGAGGAAGCUGUGACGGAGGACAAAGCAGAACCAGAGAAAAAGGGCGAGGACAAAAAGGCCAAGGAAGAAGUCGAGAAAGAGGACAAGAAAGGAAAAGAAGAGGCCAAGAGCGAGAAAGACAAAGCCACUGUGACCAGUGAUUCCCCUAAAGCAGAAUCUCCUAAAGCAGAAUCUCCUAAAGCAGAGUCUCCUAAAGCAGAAUCUCCCAAAGCAGAAUCUCCUAAAGCAGAAUCUCCUAAAGCAGAAUCUCCCAAGGCAGAAUCACCAAAGGCUGGCUCUCCAAAGAGCGAAAAACCUAAAGAGGCACCCAAGACAGAAGCUCCAAAAGCAGAAGAGACAAAGAAAGAAGCUCCCAAGAGCGAAAGUCCCAAGAAGGAAGAGCCCAAAGCAGAGCCUCCCAAGAAAGAAACUGCAAAGACAGAACCACCAAAAGCCACCGAACCAGCUGAGAAGGCCAGCAAAAAGACCGAGGCGCCUGCAGAGCCUGAAGAAAAGAAGGCGGACAAGAAAGACGCUCCUUCCGACAAAGCCGACAAAGAAAGCAAGAAAGAAGCCGAUGACAAGAAAGACGUGAUCUCAAACGGAGUGGACGAAAGCCCCACCAAAGACGACUCCAGCCAGAAGGUGGUGAUCACCAAGACUGUGGAGACCAUCACUACCGGAGAGGACGGAGCCAAGCAUGUCACCAAGUCUGUAACCGUCACCGAGACAGUGAAGGAGGUGGAUGAGGUGGUGCAGGAGAAGCUGGUGGCCACCAAAAAGGUGGAGAAGGUGUCCACGCAGUCGGUGAAGCAGGUGACGGAAACCGAGUAAAGAAGAAGCACUUCUUCAGACGUCAUUCGAGGAGAGACGAGGAGCCGUGGAGUAAACGGCGGAGGAGCAGGAGGAGGACACUGACACUAGCAAUCAAAUCUGAACUAACAUUGCAAAGAAAACAUAAAGCUAGAUAAAGAUGUACUUAAUUACGUUAACCACCGUCAAGAUUUAACAAACAAAAUAAAAAAAGCAUAGAAGCAGAGAGAAGCCAUACGACGCGGCAAGCUAAAAUUCUAAAUGCAUGUUGAGUGACAGCUUUAAAUUGGAUUCGCUGCAGAUGCGGGUCGGGGGUAUCGUGGGCUUAGACCUAUUUCUUUCCGUGUGCAAUAGCUGGGGACCUGGGGGCACUGGGGAUAGGGCGUCUGCAUGCCAGCUCAGGGGGGGAGCACGCUCCCCAUUCCUUGGGGUAGAAAAAUCUGUAUGUAUCUGUAUGUAUGGAAGUAUUAUAGAGAUUUGCACAGCUUACGAAUGGAUGCUGAGAGAGUGGCGUAUACAUGUCGAGAAGUCCGUCUAAAUGCUUAUUUUGACAAUAACAUGGGUAGGGCGAUCUAUAGGGCGUUCUGUGAAGAAAUGUGUUUUCCGACUAAGUAGCCUUACUAAUACAAAUGCGAGGAUACCAACUGAGCCAAACAAAUACAACAACAUAAGUCAGUUAAAAACAAAAGGAUGACAGCAGUCACAAUAAGCCCAUUAACCAUAUACAUACAGUACAUGAAGCGACUAAGAAACUCCUAGCCUUAAACAUGCUUUUUACCGUCAUCGGUUACGUUUACGUUAUGAGUGCAAAUGAAAAUAAACAUGAUUGUGCGCGCACAUACAUUCUUGAAUGCAUAGGAUGGACUUGAAUUUAAAUUCCUAACAUUAAUGAGGUGCUACUGUUUGCAAUCCCAUGUCUUUAUUCAUCAUGAUGAAUUUCAGCGUUUGCUCAAUAAACAUCAUAAGAAAAGAUG